AUGCACUAUUAUGGGGAGCAGUAUAAACAUCUGUACCUGCCGGGAUCGGCCUAUAUCACCGAAAGCAUCGAGCAGUGCACACCCCAGUCCGAUGCGUGCAGUACCACGUGCCACCCAGUGAGCGUGAUCAAGAGCCCGAUGCCGAGAUGGCAAAGCUACACGCAACCUUUCACUUACGUGUGCCCACAGCCAAAUGUGACCCAGACACCUCUGCAGUCUUGUCAGCCCUAUGUACAGCACUGCGUCCUGCUGUACCCCGAGUCUUGUGAGACCACUCGCCUUCUGCCCUGCAGGAAGCCCAGCCUGAAGCUGAGCACAAUGCAAAGUUUCCAGACCUGUGAGACCAGCGGCCCCGACAAAAAGCGUAUGGCCAAGAGCCUCCCACCGUGUGCACCCAGGUGCCCAGAGCCGGGCAAGCUCAAGUUCCCACCAUGUGGGAUCAAAUACUCGUCCUCAUGUAAGAACGAAUGCAGGUCUCAGAAGAUAUCCAAAUGCUCGUCGCAGCGGUACGGCGCAGGGCUCCGGUCCCUGCAGGGGAUGACCAGCGGCUAUUCCCUGCCGCUGCGGGGAGUCACCGAGUGCCCCCCGCAGCAAUGCACGGCGCAGUCUUUCCUGCAGGAGUACGUGAGCGGGUUCCCCCAGCAAAAGUGCAUGAAGGGCUACCCAACGCAGGAGUACAUCACCACCUACUCCUCGCAGCAGUGUGUAACCAAGUGCCCCCCUGGGCAGGGAAUAAAGGAAUGCUCCUCGCAGCAACACAUAGCCAAAUGCUCGCUGCCGCAGGAAGGAGCCAAGCACAAGAGCUCCUCGACACAACACCUAAGCAAGUCCAAGUGCCUCUACCCACGGGCCACCCAGCACUCAACGCAGCAUCGCGCAGGGGGAGUGAAACAUUCAAGCCAUUCCAAGAAGAGUCGUUGUGUUUCAAAAUGGCUGUGUUAA